GGCAUGAAGGAACCCCUCCCUACAAACCGAGUGGGGCCUUUCCUCGUCUUUUUCUUUUUACUUUCAGCCCUGUAAAUGUUGAAUAGUUUAAUUUCAGGAAACGAUACAUUUCUAAAGUCGCAUUUUGUGCAAGAUCUUUGCAAGACUGUAAAAUUAUCCUACAAUAGGCUACUAAUGCAAAUUAAACACGCAUAGGUUUCUCUUAACGACAUGUUGUUCCAAGUUACCGUGUUCGUCCUUCUGGAUUUCUGUUCAUCUUAUUCUACUCCUUUUGAGUGCUAUGGCGGCACUUACACAUUCACCAUUCCACGAACUGAUACUUCUGUAUAUUAUAUGCCAAAUACAAGAGAUAACCGGAUACUUGUUGUUGACAAUGGAAAAUCAGUAAAUACACGGUUUGAGGUUUCUUUCAUGAAUACCAUAAAAAUGAAGGAUCUAACGGAACAAGAUGAUAGAGCUAUCCUGUUCUUUGACCAGCUCAACAGUGUUCAACUGUCAGUCGGUGAUUGCGUGGAGCCUCUAUUAAAAAGAUAUGGAGAUUUAUUUUCUUGGCGGAUCCCUAGACUUGCGCAGUACUUGGAAUUUGCCCAGACUGUGUCUGUGUCUGUGUUAAAACCAAUAGUAAUUUGGAAUCGCACUGACCCCUCCAGUACCAGAGGAGUAAUAAAUGACAAUGAUUUUGAAAUAUACAAACUUACCCAGAAAAACAGUGGUUACUACAAAUUUAGGGGGUCUAGGAAUGACCUGAUCAAAUGGAAAAAAAUAGAAGUUGAAGAGAACCGUGAGCAUUUGGAAUAUUUUGAGGGAGAACACUUUCACAUGGAUUUUCCUGUGGAGUUUUCAUUUUCUAAUAUUUUAUUUACACCUGCGACGUCCCAAAUUGAGAAAACCAUUGAAAAGAGACGCAUUAGGAACAGAAUGAAACUCACAAAUUCAUACGUUUCUUUUAGGGACCUAACACUUCAGGAUACAGGUAUAUACAAAUUUAUAGAUAAUGAAGGAAAUGUGGCUGUGAUGGUGCAGUUAGAUGUGAGGAAAGCUGAAGUUCCAGUGUGGGCCUAUAUUGUAAUUGUGUGUGUGAUUCUCCUUGGUAUCCUGUUAUGUUGUUGUUGUGUAAAAAAGUGCUGCUGUAAAAAAAGUGAAAGAAGUGAGCCUGGUUCUACUAAUGCCGCAGCACCUGCUGUGUAUUACCAUGAUUCAAAUCAAUCUGCUCCACCUGCAAUCCCUCUUCUCUCCAGAGAGCCAAAACACUUUACUGCAGACACAACGGUGAGUUCUGCAUUAAAAGGUCCUAUAUUAUGCAAAAUUGACUCUUGUGAGCUUUGUUAUAAUGUUGUUACCUCAUCAAAAACAUACCUGGAGUUCCACUUAGUUUCAUGCAGACAUGUUUGAGUAAUCCUUUAUUGUCUGUUUACAUCUCCAAAGCACAAAAUGCUCUGUUUCACCUUGUGAUGUGAUGAAGCUGUAGUUUUCAAGUUAAGAGCUACCACUUACCUUUUGUUAGUAGAGAUUGGCAAUUCUAAUAUCCAAAUGAUUGUAGUGAAGAGUA